ACACACACAAAAGGAUUCCAGCGCACAGAGUUGCCUCCACUUGGGCAUAGGCGCGGAACUGGGUCUUCCCGUUUUGAGCUGCAACGGUGCGGAGACCCGGGAGCCCAGAACGUUUCCCGGAUCCCCCGGGACACCCCCGGGCGCCCUCUGUGCCACAACCGCCGCCUGCCUGUGGCUGGGGACACAGCCAGCUCUCCAGAGAGACCUCCUCCCCAAAUCUCCCUUCGGCCCCCCGGCUCCCCUGGAAGGGACAGAGGAGGAGGGCCCCUUCUCGCAGCCUCGUCCCUCCCCUGAGGCCCGACCGGCCGGCGCAGGCAAUCAGUGCCCGGGCGAGUCCUUGAAGUCUAUAUUUAGUGCCCGCCACCCCUCCCCCGCACAGUUGGGAGGCGGGCGGGGGGUGGGGGAGAGCCCCGCCCCCGCCGGGCGUGUGUGUUUGGGGCCCGCGCGGGUUGCGCGCCCUCCGCCUUCGCACCUCCUGCCCCCGAGGUUCGACUGCUGCCCCCGCACCCCUCGCCCCGCCAGGCGUCGCGGGCCAACAUGGGCCAGGAAGAGGAGCUGCUGAGGAUCGCCAAAAAGCUGGAGAAGAUGGUGGCCAGGAAGAAAACGGAAGGGGCCCUGGACCUUCUGAAGAAGCUGCACAGCUGCCAGAUGUCCAUCCAGCUACUACAGACAACCAGGAUUGGAGUGGCUGUUAAUGGGGUCCGCAAGCACUGCUCAGACAAGGAGGUGGUGUCCCUGGCCAAAGUCCUCAUCAAAAACUGGAAGCGGCUGCUAGACUCCCCUGGACCCCCAAAAGGAGAAAAAGGAGAGGAAAGAGAAAAAGCAAAGAAGAAGGAAAAAAGGCUUGACUGUUCAGUCUGGAAGCCAGAAGCAGGCCUUUCUCCACCAAGGAAAAAACGAGAAGAGCCGAAAACCAGGAGAGACUCUGUGGACUUCAAGUCUUCUGCCACCUCCUCUCCAAAAAGGCCAUCAGUGGAAAGAUCAAACAGCAGCAAAUCAAAAGCGGAGAGUCCCAAAACACCUAGCAGCCCUUUGACCCCCACGUUUGCCUCCUCCAUCUGCCUCCUGGCCCCCUGCUAUCUCACAGGAGACUCUGUCCGGGACAAGUGUGUGGAGAUGCUGUCAGCAGCCCUGAAGGCGGACGAUGAUUACAAGGACUAUGGAGUCAACUGUGACAAGAUGGCAUCAGAAAUCGAAGAUCAUAUCUACCAAGAGCUCAAGAGCACGGACAUGAAGUACCGGAACCGCGUGCGAAGCCGCAUCAGCAACCUCAAGGACCCCAGGAACCCCGGCCUGCGGCGAAAUGUGCUCAGUGGGGCCAUCUCUGCAGGGCUCAUAGCCAAGAUGACGGCAGAGGAAAUGGCCAGUGAUGAACUGAGGGAGUUGAGGAAUGCCAUGACCCAGGAGGCCAUCCGUGAGCACCAGAUGGCCAAGACCGGUGGCACCACCACUGACCUCUUCCAGUGCAGCAAAUGCAAGAAGAAGAACUGCACCUAUAACCAGGUGCAGACACGCAGUGCUGAUGAGCCCAUGACUACCUUUGUCUUAUGCAAUGAAUGCGGCAAUCGCUGGAAGUUCUGCUGAUGGAACAGCCAGGACUGACAUGAACAAGGUGAGGAAGAACAAAGAGGAAGCACUAAACUGUCUGAACUGGAGAAGCAAUAAAAAUUAAAGUGAAGGAAAAUACUGAA